AUGAAGUUGCCAUUAAGUGAGCAUGAGCUUACUAGUCUCUUAAAUGAUUUUCAAAAUGCACAAAAAGAACGAAUCAAAAUCAAGCAACAAGCAAACACCGUUUUCGAGUCUCAAAGUACUGGUGUGCAAAGUACCAAACCAUUGGAAGAGCUCGAAGAUGAACAUCAAAAGAUGUACUUGAGCAAAAUAAAUUUGACAGAAAAAUAUCAAUUCGCCCGUCAAUUAUAUUAUAUGGUGCAUAAUGAUGAUCGCAUUAAACAAUCAGGAUUUCCAGAUGUAGAAGAGACUGUUAAAAGGUUACUCUCUUUCAAUGAACGUCCUUUUAAUAUGUGGGUUUCAAAUGCGAAAUUUAAUGAUAUCGGUAUAAAUGAAGAUGCCUGGAAAAAAAGUAUGCAAAAAUUGGACAGGGACUUACUGGAUACGGCGAUGUCAAUUCGUGGAAUGGCCGACGUAUCUAUAAGAAGUGAGAAUGAUAACUUUCUUACAUUGUGGUAUUGGGAACUUAAAAAUGGUUUGAUUGAUGCACUUAAAUGUCGGCCUCCUUGUAAAUUGUCGUCCGCAUCAGACAAUUUAUUUUAUGAUAUUGUCGCAUAUGAUAUCACAUACGCUUCUGGAAUAGUGUAUGACAAAAAUAAUACAUCAAAAGUGCUAAAGUUUAGCACAAGACAUCGAGGUCGUUGUUUGCUUGUUUCUAUAAUAAGAAAAUAUCCGGAUGCUGAACCGGAUUCUAGUUAUGAUAUAAAGUUUGAUCAUCCCCUUGUUUUAUCAACCGCCAAAUUUCGUGAGAUGAUUCAAACAAUUACUACUUCAGGUAAAAGCGAAAAACGGGAUGUACAUUUUAUUUCGCCGGAAAUGGGGUUGUCCCGUUUUAUUACGGGCGUAUUAUGGAAUGAGAUGGAUUGGGUGGCAUUAAACAAACCCGACGAAAUGAACAUAUUUCCCGAUCAUAUAUAUGGUGGUAUUCCAGUAUUCAGACCAACCUGGGACCAAUUCAAAGAUUUCAGGGCGUUUGUAUCCGCGGUAAGACAUUAUGGCUAUGAUUCAGGCAUUAUAAAAAUAAUACCGCCGGAAGAAUGGAAAAAAUCACUUCCAAAAGACUAUUCUCGGCAAUUAAGCAAGGUUUUAAUCAAAAAUCCAUGCCAACAAAUGGUUAUGCGUGAUACUACAGUCGGAUAUUACGUCGUCCGAAACAUUGAAAGUGACAAAACCUAUACCGUUAAAGAAUGGGCUGAAUUAUGCGAAACACCAAAGUAUGCUACCCCGCCUCCUAAGAUGAAAAGCACUUCUUCCAAAUCGUCUCAACGAAGGAAUAACAAUUACGGAAAGGUACCUACAAAUCAUUCGCCUAAGAAGCGUAGCACAUCCGGUCAAUCACCACCCGGAACCCCACCACGUGCGAAGAAACGUGCACCUGAAAUUACUCAGACACCUCCCGAAACACCACCAAAAAUUUGUACGUCGGGAUCAAACAAGACAAUUACCAUGAUCUCCGACUUGUCACUACCUGAGCAGGCUAGCAUAACCGACUCGUUUGUAGAUAAUGAUUUUUCAUUACAAGACUACACUGAUGGCAGUGAAGUUGAAGAAGAAGUUGUACUCACUUCCGGUCAAGUGACUACCGAAUUCUUGCAGCAAAUGCCUGAAUUACAAGCUGCAAUCACACAUGUUCUAGGACCUUUAUCUGAACCUUCCAUGAAACUUAUAAAAGAAGAAGAACCAGAACUGACUAUGGAUUUUGAAAAAUUAGAUUAUCGUUCAGUUAACAGACGGCCGUAUAAUGAUGAUGAAUAUAUUAAAGAACUCGCUGCUUAUUAUUGGAAGAAUGUGACAUAUACCCCGCCCUAUUAUGGUGCGGAUAUGGCAGGUACCCUAUUUACUGAUGCGACCAAGUCGUGGAAUGUAAAUUGUCUCGAUAACUUGUUGAAUACUAUCGAUCCAAUUCCCGGUGUAAAUAAUGCGUACCUUUAUUUUGGAAUGUGGAAAGCGUGUUUCCCGUGGCAUGUCGAGGAUAAAGAUUUAUAUUCUAUUAAUUAUAUCCACUUUGGCGCACCAAAACAUUGGUAUGCGAUAUCUCCGAAACGAGCUGACAAAUUUGAACAGCAUAUGAGAGGUUGGUUUGGAUAUGCAUCUAAGAAUUGCUCUGAAUUUCUGCGCCACAAAGAGUUUCUUGCUUCACCCUCUGCCCUCGACCGUGCACCAAUUCUCUACAACCACGUUAUUCAACGGGAGGGUGAAUUUAUCAUAACCUUCCCUCGUGGAUAUCAUUCAGGAUUCAAUUUAGGGUUUAAUUGUGCUGAAAGUGUUAAUUUUGCCUUUGAAGACUGGAUUGAAAUCGGAAUUAGAGCAAAAUCAUGCGCAUGCCGUCCAGAUUCUGUCCGAAUCGAUGUCCGAGCUCUCUUUGGUCAUUUGUUGGAUCCAGAUCUCACAAAUACGAAGAUUAAAUUACCCUCUGAUUCUAUUGGUGCUACAUCAACUAAAAUUGUUCUUUCUCCGAAGAAGGGUAGGUUGAAAUCCCAUCAGAGUAAAGCAGUUCACCUUCACCAGUGUUAUUUAUGUCCAAAUAAAUACAGUCAUGACGAAGAAACAUUGGAAGGAGGUGAAUUUGAGCUUAUAGCUAAUGAUGAUGGCAGUCAAUAUGCUCAUGGUUUAUGUGCAAUGUUUGUUCCGGAAACAUGGAUCGCCAGCACAGAUGGUUCGAUGACUGGUUGUAAAAUUAUUGAAACAGAACCUAUACCUUCAUAUAGGUUUGAAACGGAAUGUCAAGUUUGUCAUACCAAGGAAGGUGCAUGUGUCCAGUGUCAAGAAGCUGGCUGUGCAAAGAGCUUUCAUGUAUCAUGUGGAGAUAAUGAUGGAAAUCAAUUUAAAGGAAUUGACUUAGAAGGUCAGAUAUAUUAUGUGAUCUAUUGUAAAACACAUCAAAAGGAUCAUGCUGCUAUUAUGGACAUUUUAGGUAUGGACGAUGAAGAGGAAGUUUCAGAUGCUGAAGAAUUUAAUACCAUGGAUCUGGACGUAACUUGGAGUGGAUAA